AUGAAGAGAUACCUCCUGGAGCGAGAACUCUUCCCCAGAUGCAAAUUCAAGAAGGAUAUAAAGAUCGAAAAGGUGCACUCCAUGAACGCCCUCCUCCGAAGAGCCCAAGCUUUCAUCGCUUUCGAAGAGGGCGAAACGACUGCCAUUAAAGCCUCUAGAGGGAAUGAUGCUGCCCGAAGCUCGAGCCAGGACUACUCGGUUUCGCGCUGGGGACAGGAGAAAAGGAAGGACGACAGGUCCCACGACGUGAAAGAACGGAGGGGGCCAGCCGGCCGGUUCAGCGACUAUACCCCUCCGAACGCCUCACGCGAGAAAAUCCUAGCCGAGUGCAAAAGCACCGACUUCAAGAAAUCUAACAUCAGGCCCCCAAAAUCAAAUCCCACCAGGUUGGGGACCGACAAAUCCAAAUACUGCAAGUAUCACAAGAGCCAUGGGCAUCUGACCGAGGAGUGCAUACAUCUCAAAGAUGCAAUCGAGACGCUGAUUAAAGAAGGCCGCCUUUCGAAGUACACAAAGAAAGGAGACCCGUCCAGAAGAGACGACUCACGGAACUCUGACGAGGGUAACUCGCCAGAUGGUGGGCCACUGCAAGUAGCUUUGUCCGUCACCCGACCAGAGGACUUCAUACCAUCGGUUGGAGUGACAUCCGCCCUCAGCACCUGGGAGGAGUUCCCAACCGCGAUGGUCAUAUCUAAUGGAGGGGAUCCCGGCUCCCUCACGAUCAGCUCAGUGAAGAGGAAGUUCGAUGAAUUAAUCAGCGCCAGUUCAGACCUCGGCCCGACCCUACAGAAAUUCAAGGGGAAAUCAGACCCGAUCACUUCUUAUCUGGAAGAACUGCCCGGCGGAGCUCCGAACGCCACAAUCCCCCUGCUCAUACGGGCAAGAAUGGCGAUUUUUGACGUCCGCCGGAUCCUGGUCGACGAGGGAAGCUCGGUCGACAUCAUGUAUUCUCACCUCUUUCAGACCCUCCAGCUGGACGACUCGCACCUCGCCCCAUAUGUGGGUUCCGACCUCCAGGGGUUCAACGGGACGACCACCAAACCGUGGGGUUACGUUAAACUGCUCGUCACCUUCGGGGAAGGCGAAGCUUCCAGACAGGUCAAGACAAGGUUUCUGGUGAUCGACUGUAAAACCCUCUACAACUGCAUCAUCGGGCGCCCUACUCUGGCCGAACUCACUGCCGUCCCCUCGACCGUGCACUUGAAAAUGAAGUUCUACACAAGAAGGGGACGAGUGGCCACCAUCAACGCCGACAUCGAAGCAGCCAGAAGGAUAUUCGACGCAUCAAUGAAGGGGUUGCAGCUAAUCGCCCCCCUCCAGCUCCAACAAGAAACCAAGGGCCGAAGACAAGCCUCCUCGGGAAGAUCAGCGGUCACUGACAAACGUCAGCUCAGUCGACCUCGACGCUCGGUUCACGGAAGAAGAACUGAAGAAUGGUGA